CUUCGCCUCCUGCGCCCCCAGAGCAGCGCCCCACGCCAGAUCUGCGCCGGACCAGCCGGCAAGAAAGCCUGGCUGAUUGGCAGCCGGCGGCGGCCAGGAGAGGGGGCGCCGUGCGGGGCCAUGGCAGGCUCCGAGGAGUCCUAGCCCGAGCUCGAGCCGGAGCCAAGCCCACGCUGCCGCCGCCGCCGCCUCUCCGCGCCGGGGCCCCGCCGCCGCCGCAACCCUGCGGGAAAUGGAACAGCGGAACCGGCUCGGCGCCCUCGGAUACCUGCCGCCCCUGCUGCUGCACGGCCUGCUGCUCUUCGUCGCCGACGCUACAUUUACCGAAGUCCCCAAAGAUGUAACCGUACGGGAGGGAGACGAUAUCGAGAUGCCCUGCGCGUUCCGAGCCAGCGGAGCCACCUCAUACUCGCUGGAGAUUCAGUGGUGGUAUCUUAAGGAGCAUCCCCGGGAGCUGUUACACGAACUGGCGCUCAGCGUGCCGGGCGCCCGGAGCAAGGUAACAAAUAAGGACGCAACUAAAAUCAGCACCGUGCGUGUCCAGGGCAAUGACAUCUCACACCGCCUUCGGUUGUCCGCUGUACGACUGCAGGAUGAAGGAGUUUAUGAGUGUCGUGUGUCAGACUUCAGCGACGACGACACUCAGGAACACAAGGCCCAGGCGUUGCUGCGCGUGAUGUCGCGUUUCGCACCGCCCAACAUGCAGGCUGCUGAAGCAGUUUCCCACAUUCAGAGCAGUGGCCCGCGUCGACAAGGAGCCCCAAGCGCUGUCAGCUCCAGCAAUGAAGGCACCGCUGUCCGCACCACCUCUGAACCUGGGCAUGGAGACAAAAACCCACCUCUUGGGAGCCUUCCUGCUAGACCAGAAGUGCCGGAGGCAGCUGCGGCCGCUGCUGCUGCCUCUGCAACCCACACAGCCACUACCACUGCUGCUGCAGCAGCUGCUGCUUCAUCAGCUUCUCCACCAUCGGGCCAGGCUGUCCUUCUGCGCCAGAGGCACGAUUCCGGUACUGGCCCUGGCUAUAGCACGGACCCUCUGCUGUCUCUGCUCUUGUUAGCACUGCAUAAGUUCCUGCACCCACUGCUGGGGCACUGACAAGUCAUAAAACUUCAGCAAGUACUCCAGAGGAUGCUUUGCCACAUGGACAUAGGGACCAAGGGAAGCAUGAAGAAGUCCAUGCAGAAAUAAAUAACUCUUAUUUUUGGGGAAGUAAACAAAUCUAGAAGACAUAAAAUAACGCAUCAAGUUUGCAAAUAGGAUGGAGUGCAGGCUGUGCAGUGUGCAUGGGGCACUGAGUACUCCACAGCAAUGUACAAUGUAUUUUUAUUUCCUUCACAUUCACUCCAAAUCUUCAUUUUGCACGAACUGUUGAGCAGGUACUUUGAGGAUAAUAUGUAAAAAAAUGUUGGGUCAAAGCCUUUCUGACAAAGUAAAAUAUUUUUAGGAGAUUAUUGUGUUUAGAAAUUUUUUUGAAUUUACAUUUUCUUUGGGGGCUUUUCUUUAUUAAAUUAUUUCUUUGGAGACAUUUUGAUUAAAAAGAAACAUCGUAAUUAAAA